UGCAAGAAAUCUUGACAUUUCGAAUCGGACAGUUGCACCCGAGACAUCCUUAUCCUGGAUUGUUCUGAGUAUAGGAAAGGACGCUCGUUCAAUUAAAGGACACCAUGAGCAAAACGGCUAAGUCCCCCCCUCUGCCGUCGCAAGUGUGGCUGAGGAACUGCGAGAAGGAAACAGUGGAACCAAUUGAGGGGAAAUUAACAGGAAAGUUGCCGGAAUGGCUGAACGGCAGACUGACCCGCAACGGACCCGGUCGCGUCGAAUAUGGCAACACCCGCAUCAACCACCUGUUCGAUGGCACGGCCUACAUCCACCAGUUCAACAUCAUUGACGGCAAGGUCACCUAUCAGUCAAGAUACCUCAACAGCGACACCUACAAAAGGAAUAAAAAAGCUGAUCGAAUCGUUGUCUCAGAAUUCGGCACAGCUGCCUACCCCGACCCCUGCAAGACGCUGCUCCAGAGAUUCAUGAGUGCCUUCACGCCCAUAAGCAAAGCGGAACCGACAGACAAUUGUGUGGUGAAUGUGUGUUACUUCGGGGACCAGCUUUACGCCCUCACCGAGACGCGGAAUCUGAGAAGAAUUCACCCCGACACUCUGGAUGUGGUGGGAGACAAGACGAAAUUAGACAACUACGUGGUAGUCAACACAGCGACGGCGCAUCCACACGUGGAACCCGACGGCACUAUCUACAACAUGGGAAAUGCUUAUGCAGGGAAGAAAGGACCGACAUAUAACAUCAUCAAGUUCCCUCCACCAAAGGAGGUUGAUGGUGAGGACUCACUGCUCUAUAUUUCUCUUGCAUAUCUUUCGUCCAUCCAGCAAGCCGAAAUCGUCUCCGCCAUUCCCUGCCAGUGGAAGAUGUACCCUUCCUACUACCACUCCUUCGGCAUCACAGAGAACUACUUCAUCUUCGUCGAGCAGCCCUAUGUAUUCAACCUCAAGAAGUUUCUGCUCAACUAUUACAUGGGAAAGCCAUAUUUCGCGGCCGUUGAAUGGUAUCCUGACCAAAAGACAAAGUUCCGUUUGGUGAAUCGAAAGACUGGCGAAAUGGUGAAAACAGUUUAUGCUGCAGAUGCUUUCUUGACUUUCCACCACACCAAUGCCUAUGAGAAGGACGGACAACUGGUGGUCGAUCUAGCAACCAUGAAAGACGGUGAGGCCGUCAACGCCCUUAUGAUGAAGAACCUCGAGAACCCUGACUUCGUGAGCGAGCCGGCAACGAUGCCGACCCACUGGAGGUUCGUGCUGCCUCUCGACGUGCAGAAGGCUCCCGAGAACACUAACCUCAUUACGCUCGAGGGAACGAAGUGCACGGCCUACAAGAGAGCCGACCAGACCGUGGAAGUCCAUGGGCAGAGGAUUUCCAGCCAGUACUUCGACCUCCAACGCAUCAACUACAAAUAUAACGGGAAGGAGUAUGAAUAUGCGUAUGGAGUCGAAGUCAACCCAAAGGGAUCUGUUUUCUCGCAGCUGGUCAAAAUGAACGUGAACUCUGGCGAAACGACCCUGUGGCAUGAGGAAGGGAAAGUUGUGAGUGAACCCGUGUUUGUUUCCGCCCCAAACGCCACGGAGGAGGACGAUGGCGUGGUUCUUUCCACUCUGGUUGACAAGAACAACCCGAGGUCCGUAGCGCUGCUGGUUCUGAACCCAACAACGUGGACAGAAAUAGCACGUGUUGAGUUCGAGGCGAAUGGAACUGUCACUUCAACUUUCCACGGACUGUUUGCCGCCACCAAUGAAAAGGUUCAUAUGUAUUAAUGAUUUCUUCUUUUUUUCUUCUUCUGUAGUGUAUAAAUGAAGAAGCCUUUUUCUUUUUUUUUCCAUAGUGAUACUCUACAUGUACCGUAUUAACCAUUUCAUAUAUGUUUACUAUAAAUAGUUUUGCUUAUAUAUAAUCAUCAUGAUUAUUGUUGCUACUUUUGUUUAUUGUUGUGUAUUGACUGUUUAUGAGUGCUAAUACUGAACUCAAGAUAGAGGUGUAGAUUUUAACUUAGAUAAUCUUUUAUGAACAGAUGUACAUCUCAACUUAUAUAAAUGACCUAGUUGCAUUUUCCACUUGCAUUCAAUGCAUAAUAUGCUUUAUUUUCUGUAUACUCACGGUAUAAUGGAAUUUGUUGUCUUUGUUGAGUUUUAAAAUCUAAUGAUCGGUUGUAGAAACGUCCUUAUUUUGUUUAUACUUUUUUCUUGUACUCUAAAAUAUGUAAAAGUCUCUAGUCAGUGAAGAAAUAAAGAUGUUCCAAUAACAAAAAUACUAAAAAAAACAACAACAUUACUAUGGGAACAGUUGUGAAGUAGGUAAAUUUAUGUAUCUACGAAGAACCUCUUUUGCCGCACCGACAUUUUUGCGCGCCAUUUAGUAAGGUUCAGUGUUUUUGGCGCAAUAAUGUCUGUCUCUAUCACACGAACAAUUUACCUGUAAAAGUUCCAGUUAAAUUGAUUGCUAAUAAAGAUGUGAAUUUGUA